GACAACCCUGUGCAACAUUUUCAUUCUAAGAAUGGUUUUGGACAUGAACCUGCAGUGAGCUUUCAUUAUUUCUUCAUGCUGUUUCUUGUUUUUGUUUUUUUUUGGAAAUAAGAAUUUAUCUAUCAGUCACCAGCUAUGGCAAAAGUUUGGCUGAUUCUUUUUCUCUUUUUUGCAUUGGUUAUCUCAGUCCUGCUACAGAACCCAAUCAAUAUAAAAGAUCUAGUUUUCUCUCGCUGCAGAAUAUCGGGUGUGCUCUUGGUAUCGUUAGGAAAAGAUUACAAAUUCAAUGCAACCUAUGCUAAGUUUGUAUGUCAGUCUUUAGGAGUUAAUUUGGCAACAAAAGACCACAUCAAGAAGGCUUCCGAACAUGGCUUAGAAACAUGCCGGUUUGGCUGGAUUGUUGAAAAUGUGGCUGUGGUCUCUCGAAUAAAACCUCUUCUCAGCUGUGGUCAAAAUAAGACCGGAGUAUUAGAAUGGCGUGUGCCAUUAGAAAAACUAUUUGAUGCCUACUGCUUCAAUUCAACAGAUACAAUGACAAACUCUUGUGCACCCAUAAUGAACACCACAGCACCUUCCCCUACGAUAAAAACAGAAUUAACAGAAGAGAAAACGUCACCAACUUUGAAGUCUCCAUUGGCUACCUCCACAAAACUGAUGGUGGACCCAAGUGCAAUUCCUGUAACACAGUCUCCGCGAUCACAAACUACUAAAGCGAAGUCUUCAUCGUCACCACAAGCCACUAAUGCACUGUACUCAUCACCACAAGCAACUAAUGCACAGUCUAGCUCAUCACUGACUACUAGUACAUCUGGCCACACUGGACCAAUGGACCCCAAUGGAAAUGCAGACACAUCUGUACAGAGUAAAGCAAUUCGGUUUGGAGCAUUAUCAACUGCAUUACUUGUUCUUUGUAUCGUAUUCUUCUUAACAGCUUUGACAGCAGGGGUCUGCUAUUUCAAACAGUACAUGAAAACACUUCCAAUAGUGGACGGUAAUCAGGAAAAGGAGUGCAUUGAAACCGAACUCUUGAAACACAACCAAGUUGACGAGAAUGAGCAAAAGCAAGAACAGACAGAACACCAGACUGAAAAUCUCAAAGACAACAAUGGUGCCAAAGACAUAAGCGUGACAGUUCCUCAUGAAACAAACGCACAGGAUUGAAGGAGAUGUUACACAUUGUCAAAUACAGUUUUUACAUUUUAUCUUUUUUUUUAUGUUAAUGUAUUUUUCAACUUCAUUUCGUUGCAUUUGAAAUAUUAAUAGUUUGUCAACAUUAGAAUAUAUGUGUAACACUCAAUUAUUACUUUCAUGAUAAUCUCACAACUGUUUAUUCAAUAAAUUUAACCUCACAGCUUUACAGUUUCAGUAGAUCAAAUUGAAAAGUACAAGCCCCCUACACACACUUGAGAAAAUGUAUUAAGGUUUUGAGAAAUGCAGUUUUUGCAUAACACACUUUUUUUUUUUUUACCUUUUAAUGUAUAUAUUUUUUAAUAUAAUGUGUCCAAACACUAAUUUCAGAAUGUAAUUCUAUUCUGAUUGAGGAAUAAAUGUAUACAUAACGGUGGUGAAGGCAUAAGAAGUUGGAUCAAUGUUUUGUUUGUUUGUUUUUUUAAACCAAAAGUCAGCCAACUAAAAGAAUGCUUAAAUGCUGUGAUUGUAAACUGCAGGAAACAAUAGCAGAGGUCAUUUGCGUCUAUCACAACAUGUUUUCAAAGACUGAUGAAACAGAAAAAAAAAAGUACACGAAAAAGGAAGCCUUCACACUCAGGAACUGUUUAAUAAAUUACCAUUUUCCUUACAAGGGUCAUUUUAGAUAUUAAGAGAUGUUUGUUUGUUUUUUAUCUACCCUCUUUUCUCAGUUUUUAAUCAUAACACUAUGCAGCAUAAUAAUGUAUAGAUGGGUUAGUAUGUUGUAUCGCCUACACAUUACAUCUUGUAAGUUUGUGCUGUCAUGUUCCUGUUUUAAAACCUUACAGCACAGGUAUUUGCUAUGUAUACUUGUUAUUGUGAAACAUACUCAAUAAAACAGUUUAUUAUUAUUAAA